AUGACGCAUGCUGACGACGUGUGUGACACAAUCAUUCGGGAGAUGAAUAAUGUCGUAAUUUGUGAUACCGAUGAAACUACAGAAAAGCUGGAAAGUUUUUCAAUGUACGGGGAGCCGCCAUCUUUCUUACUUUAGGACCUCGAAGAUAUUCCGCUAUCUCUGCUCAGCUACUUUGAGAGCUCAAAAAGUCGGGCAGUGGCGUGUGAAAAGCUCAUCCUUGAAGAACCUGGAGGUGAGGCCGGGGCAGAUAUAGAUAAGGAGGGUGAGAAGCAUUCUGUGUUUGAAGAGACGGCCCUUGAGAUCUCACUAGAUGAGGAGGAGAGCCUGAAAAGCAGUGGAUACGAGGCAGAGCGAGAUAAACUGCGCUGUGAGGAGGUGAAAAAGGAGGAGCAAAGGAGACAAAUAGAAAAUGACUUUCAAAGGGAGCUAAAGAAGAUUAUGGAAGCAGAGAAGCUCCAUCAGAGGGAGCUCGAGCUGAUGGAGAAGCAAGCUCAGGAAAAACUUGAACAGGAGUUGCUGCUUCAGCAGGAAGUGAUCAGCAGCUUGCAAAGACGAGUGAAGGAAGAGAGGAGGAGGAUGGAAGAGGAGCAGAAGAGACUGAAGGAUGAGGAGGACAAGAAGAGAAGGGAAGAAGAGACAAUCAAGAUAGAAGCAGAGAUGAGGAGAAUGGAGGAGGAGAGAGUGAGGAAGGAAGAGGAAGAGAGACAAAUAGAAGAGAUGAGACUUAAAGAGGAGGAGAGGAAAAAUGAAGAAGAGGAAAAGAGGAGAAUGGAGAGAGAAGAGGAAAGGCUGCUGAAUCUGGAAAAGAAAAAGCUAUCAGAUGAAAUGAGAUUGAUGGAGGAAGAGGAGAGAAAAAAGAGAGUGGAGAGAGGGAGGAUAAAGAGGAAUGAAAAGAGGAAAAUUGAGGAAGACCGGAAAAAUAUAGAAGAGGUCAGGAAGAUGGAGAAUAGAAAAAAUGAGGACAAAGUGGUCCUGGAGAACAAGGACAGAAAUAAAAUGCAUGGGGAAAAUUUAAAAAUAGGGAAAGAAAAGCAAAUAAUGGAGGAGAAGAGGAAAUUGAAGGAGGUGAGGAAAAGAAAAGAGGAGGAGAGUGAGAUGGAGGCAGAAAGGAAAAGAAUGGGGGAGGAGAGAAGGAGGAUGAUAGAAGAAGAGAGAAAAACAGAAGAGAAGAAACUUAGAAAAGAAGAGGAGGAGAAGAGAAAUCAGGAAGAGGAAAGGAGGAGAAUGGAAAGGGAAGAAGAGGAAAAGAGAGAAAAGGAAAAAAGCAAAAUUAAUUUGAAGUUGGAAGCUGAGUUGAGAAUAAUGGAGGAAGAAGAGAAGCAAAAGAAAAGGGAGCUAGAGAGAAUAAAGAUGGAGAAGGAGGAAAAUGAGAGAGAAAGGGCUGAAGAGGCCAAUAAGAGUCAAAAAGAUGAAAAUGAAAUGAUCCUGAACAAUGAAGAGGAAGAGAGAAAGAACACCGCCCAGGACAAAAAUAAUCAAGCGAAGAGGAUGUGGGGUUCAGAAGAAAAUGGAAAUCAAGGAGCUGAAGGAAAAGCAGGGGGUGGGAAACAGAGAGAAGAGGAGGAAAGGCAGCAAACAGGGGAGACAGAGAUGGAAUGGAAAGAGAUGGAGCAGAAAAAGGCAAGGAAAGAGGAAGGGGAGAAAAAAGAACAGAGACCUAUCGUAGAGACUAAGAAUAGGAAGAAAGACGAUGAAAGCAAAACAAAACAGGAAAAACAAUGGAGGACGCAAGGAGACAAGGAGGAUUACAAAGAGGAAGAUACGGAUGGGUUUAAAGGGUAUGAUGUGGACCAAAGAAAGGUGGAAAAUGAGAACAAAACAAAAGAUGAUGAGAGUAAGAGGGAAGAGGGGGAGGAAAAGCUAGAGACGGAGAAGAAAAAUGUAAAGGUGGAGAAGGAGCAGAUGGAGGAAAACAGUACUCAUGUAUACAAAGAAACAGGAGAUGGAGUAAGAUUGAGAGAAGAGGAGAACAAUUUGAGAAUAGUGGAGGAGGAGAAGGAGGUAAAAGUAGUAGAAGAAAAUGAGCUACAAGAGAAAAAAGAAGAUUACAGCACAACAUUUCUUUAUGUGAAAAUGAAUAAAGAUACACCAGAAAGUUCCAUUAUCAGCAACAUCUGGACUUCCUCAAGCCCUGGUCCUUCACACAGGGAGUCAACAAUCAGCCCCAUCACUACUGAAAGUGAACCCCAACAAAAUGACUUAGACAUCACCAGUCAGACCUCCACAGAUAAAAAAGUGGACGACAAAAAUCAAGUAGAAAGGCCUUCCUCUGUGUCUGCUUUUAUACCGGUGUUCCUGCCAGAGCACACAGAGCAGAAGAGGCUGUCCUGGAUGAAGGAGUGCGUCCCCUGGUCCAAACUCUCCCUGCAGAACAAAAGGAAGCAGAAAGGAUCUUUCCGGAGUGUGAGAGGGCUGAGGAGGGCCGUCGAGGCCAGCGGUCUACCACCUCUCUGCCAAAAUACUCUGCUUCAGACAGCAGGCUGGACAUCCCUGAAAGCGGUGACCACAGUGUCGCUGGAGGACUUGCCCGGCUGCAGCUUGUCCACUCUUUCUCAGUGUACUCAGCUUCAGUCCCUCACUCUCAGACGCUGCGGCCUCAAAUCCUUAGAGAGCAUCAACCAGUUAUCAAAGCUCUGCUACAUCGAUGUACAGGAAAAUGACAUCUCAUUUGUCAACUGUGAAAACAUGACAAGUUUACGAGUUCUUAAACUUGGCCACAACAAGUUGACGUCCAUCCACGGUUUAACUGGUGCUGAAAGUCUGGGCGUUCUGGAGCUCUCGCACAACUCCAUCACCCGCAUAGCUGGUCUGGAGUCUUUGAGGAGGCUGCAGAGGUUGUCACUGGAUCACAACCAGCUAAUCAGCACCAAAGGACUGAAGGACGUGUACACUCUGCUCCACCUGAGCUGCUCACACAACCACCUGGUCAGGGCGGAGGGUCUGGAGAACAGUGCUCUACUCAACACACUGGACCUGAGAACCAACAGCCUGACUGAGCCCCCGAGUAUAAACAACCACGUCCUCCUCCGAGAGCUACAUCUAGAUGACAACAGCAUCUCCUCCCUGCAGGACCUCAGUACCUGCUGGCUUCCCCUCAUACAACAUCUCUCUGUGGCCCAGAACAGAAUUAUCCUGCUGCCCUCCAUGUCUGAUUUUGUGUCCCUUGCAAAUCUUGAUCUUCGAUUCAACUGCUUGUCAGAGCUCCAGAAUUUGUGCGAAAGUCUGGAGGGCUGUCAUAUCCUGCGAGAGCUCCGACUCACAGGGAAUCCUCUUCAGCAGGAGAGUGGCUGGAGAUCCACUCUCCAGAAAUCGUUGCCUGGUCUGAGGGCCUUCUAUGACCAGGAGACAGACUCCUUUCCAUCGCCCCCUGCUGUUCAACAGGUCAGCUUGGCCUCAGACAGCUUCCUAGCGUUCUGUCAGGCUCAGCUUCAGCAGACUCAUGAUUUACAGAAGCAGCACAGCAGGGAGCUAAGUAAAGCCUCAUCUCCUCUGGAUGCUCUAAAGACCUCCUGCCGACAUUUCACCGAGGCCCUGCAGCUUGCAGAAGACCAGAGAUUCGCCCAUGAAUAUGGUGACACAACAGUGUCAGACAGACACAAGGCCGGAGGCCCAACAACACCUGAGGAGACAACUGAUAUGGGCCCUAUCAGUGCUGAGAAGCAUACAGAACCAACGGAGAUGGAGGCUACUGACAAAGCUCCAGCAGUUAUUCCGAACAGAGACAAUAUCAGAUGCAGCUACUGGACUUUGGAGGAGAAGUCCGUUGCAAAGAUUCAACAUGACACAUCUGACUGUGUUACUGCAGGCCUGAAGAUGGGGUUGAAUGCUAGUAUAGCUAACUCUGACAGUGAGUACACAGUGACAACAAAGUCAAAAAGUAGGAUUUCCUCUGAUUUCGAAGUGGCAGCUGUGUCCAACCAUCAAGACCUGGAGCUCCAAAGCAAAGCAGCAGUCGUGAUUCAGCAGAUGUGGAGGAAAUACAGGCAGAAAUGUUGGAACAUCAGCAGCCCUUCCACAGCUGAGAAGCGAGAAGGACAAGGAGGAGGAGGAGGAGGCGAAAAGCCAGAGUCAGGACCUUCUGUUAUUACCAGGAGCAUUAAUGGCCAAGAUUAUGCAGCAACUGUCAUCCAGGCUGUUUGGAGGGGCUUCACUCUGAGGAGGAGGCUCACAUCUGCUCUGGCUGCCGUCACAUGCACGAACACUGGAGAGGACGACACCUUCGAGGAGGUGGACGUGGAUGAAUUUGUUUUUGAUGAGGCAGCACUGGAGAAACACUGGACAACGCUUUAUGAAGAUCCACCUCCCAGAUGUUACAAUGAAUCAGAGCAGCAGCUGUCUCUUAAGGUAUUUCCGCCUCCUGGGACCUUUCCUGAAGCCUCCCAGCACAUACUCCCUCCACCGCUUGUAUGGAGGUCAAAGCAGGCCUGGGUGGAUGAAGAACAGGUGGUUUCAGCUGAGCAGAGAGUUUCCCCUGUGAGCUCCACCAGAAGUAAAUCUCCUGCCUCAACACCAUUGCUCAGCGGUCUCACUGAGAGAUCUGAAAAGAUUCUUGAAGAAUGGGGCUUCACUCACAGCCACACAGCUCUUCUGAUGCUGAAAAGGGCUCAGAAGAUGAAGUCAAAGAAGCAACAGCAAAAGAAAAAUCCCUCCGGCCAUCCGACGUCGUUAAGAAACUGCAGUUACCAGAUGGAUCCAGUGGGGGCACCGAACAGGCGAGCCAAGCGCAAUAGAAAUGAUAAAAAGGUGGUGGAGAGCGAGCUGGGCCUUCAGGAGGCAGAGGAGACGGAGCGAGUGAAGCAAGAGCGAGCUCAGCAGUGGCUGCACAGUCAGGCUGUUCACUCUGACAGGGACUCAGAGAGUGUUCGUUUCUUACCCGAGAUCAGCACAGACAUUCUGCACGGAGGCAGAGUGCAGCUUGUGGCGGAUCUUGGAUACACAGAACAUCAACAUCACGCUAGUGGAUCAUGGGCCAACAGCAGUGUAGCUUCCCGGCCCUGCCAAGAGAACGGUUAUCCUCGCAGAAACUCUUUGGGUCAUGCAAGAAAAGCGGUUCCAUCUCCACAGCGAGUCUCGUCUGCUCCGUCAAAAAAGGAGCGCAUGUCCUUCAGAGACAACCCCGUCCUGCUGAGCGGCGGCUGGGGAGGAGGCAAGAAGAGAGACAAAGUGUACAAGUAAAACUCAGAACCCUCUACAACAAUGUCCACUUCUAUGCCAUCCUUCCCCAACACCAAAAGCUUCCUAUGUUUGUGUUGCAACUUAUACAAACAACCGUUGUGUUAUUAACAUGAUUUCAAGGAAAAACACAAAAGAAUUACACUUACAGAUUUCGUUCCACAGAGGUAUUUUCUCUCAGCGGACGACUUAAUUUAUUUGUAUUUAUACUCUUUUGAUCCUCCUGCAGCAGCUCAUUUUAAACUCAACAUUACUUGAGAGCACUCUUUUGCAAAUAAAUGAAUACCAAUAGGACCCGCUGCAGCCCAAAUAUCUCCAGGCUCUUCCAUUGUGUUGAUUCUGCUCAAGUGUCACUGGCUGAGUUUGAUGGCAGCCGACCAGCAUCAAAACACAUGGAAGAAAAUGGCACACUUUCAGCAAACUGGCACGCUUUAUAUGCAAAUAAUAUCAGGAAACACAAACCAGGAGCUUUAAUAUCUUUGCGUUCAUGUUUGUUAAGAGGCUGAACUGCUGCUUCUGCAUCCAUUUACUAUGUCAAUAAAAAAUGCACUAAUUAUGGUUUGCAGCCAUGGGAAGAGGCGUACUUUUACAGCUCUUCUCGCCCCCUCUUAACCUUAAAGUUUAAUAAAGCCCAAAGGUUUAAAAGAAAACCCCCGCACUCUGUUUCUAUUUUAAGCUCCUGCUUACCAACAGAGGGCUUGAAAUUACUGUUUCUAUGAGCCGAGCACAAACAUUGGUGUUAGAAUUAGAACAAUGUUUUCUUUAAUUCUAGCAGUGGAUUACGAUGGCCUUGUCUGUGUAUUUGAAUUUGGAGAGCUAAGGCGUCAAACACGGCCUUACCGGAGGCGGUGAACCUCAGGCUUGGCGGUUCCUCGCUGCUCCGCCGCCUGGAAAUGAUAACUUAAUGAAUGUCAAAACAAAUAGUCAGAGCUGCAGAGUGGCUGCCUGGCAGGAAAUGCAUGUCGCUCGUCUAUUUAUUUUCCUUCUAUCUUUCACUUAGCGCAUGUCUGGAGGGUGUGUUUUGACUGUACGAGAGCUGGUGGGGGGAUUUUUGUCUCGGAGAGUCGUGUACGCCAAAGAUGUGGAGGUCCUGUUGUGAAACCAGAGAGCACUGUCCUCAUCCAGGGGGAGGCUCAUUCUUCUGGCUCUCUGGGGGACAUAAAGCGAGAGUUUCUCUGUCCUUACACAACUGUGACACUGGAGAAUUUAGGUUGUUAUUUAAAAUACUGAAAAUACAUGAAUACGAGCACACAGGUACUGUAAAGUUUCUGAAUGUUUCACAUGGGCUUGUUUGUGUUGUUGUUCAACCAUCAUCUACCAGCCUUUUGUUAGAUUUAUCUACUUUCGGGUUGUGGGUAAAUUACAUGUAACCUAAGACAUUCAAAAUCCACGGCCUGGUGAAAUGAGUGUUCCACCGCACAUUUAGAUAAGAUGAAGAAUGUAGCUGUCGGCCUGCACCAUGCUGCCAGCCUGACCUCAAGUCAGCAAAUGUUGUCAGCUCGAGUCUGGCAGGCAGAGGCUCUGUGUCGGAAUCCCUCCAAAUCCUCCUUCAAAUGCAUUCAAGAACGACAGAGUGCCAUCAAGUUUAGCAACAGAUUAUUUACAAUCCACAUUUUUCUGCUGACUAAAUUCCUUUGCUGUUUUUUGAUAUAUGUCGUAAACCAUUUCAGGCGACCAUUGAUUUCUAUUUCUUUUAUGUAUGUAUGAAAAAACGUGCUUGGGUUGUGUAAUUACUCACACUCAGCGGCAAAUCAAAUUUUAUCAAAUGUUUCAUCAUCAUUGAAUUGUAAUGCACUUUAUGUCGUACAAGGAUAUACAACACAAUGAACACAGACUGAGUUUUAUGCAUUUAAGCUAUUCGCUGCCUUGUGUUACAUGUGUAUGUACGCUGGAAGUAUACAUAUGUAGGUUUACUAGAGAUGUCUACACUUAUAAUAAACUGAAAGAGGCUACAUGCGAGUCUCUCGUCUGAUCCAUGACAGUC